CCCCUCAUGUCUACCUUCAAUGCGGCUGCCUCAGUCUUGCUGUCUUGAGGGAAAUAGCGCCAGGUGCAUGCAGUCCCCUGGACAGGCAGGCAGGUACCUACCUGAGGCAGGCGGUUGUCCAGCGCGCACUCUUGUCGUAUAUCCAAUACCCCCGAUCCGCUGACAGGAAUUCUACCUAUCGCCAACCACCGAUAUAUUCGUCGAUCGCUACCCUUUGGUUCCUCCCAAGAUUAUGAUGAACACGGCCGUGGAGCAUCCCAAUGUGAACGGCAGCUACAUCUGCGCAUCUAUCCUCAAUACCUCUGAAGGCUACACACCGGCGUACACCCUCAAGGGUAUUGCAAUCCAGAUGUUGAGCUUCUUCAACAUUGAUUCGGUUGAGCAGGACGGCGAGUAUCACCAGAACCUCGACUUGUAUCGACGUGAAAGCCUAGAGCUUAGGCAAACAUUCUGCUGUUCCCAUUGCGGCUUUGACGGACCCAUACCGAGGCCGAUUAUAGUACGGCUCGGAAGCACGCCCAAAAGGCGCUGUCGUCAACGGAGAGAAAAGACGCUAGUUCAACUUCGAGACGAGCACUUCGAUCGUCACGGAGCGCCCCCUUCCGGCGCCGCUCUACAUUUAUCCUCGGAAGUCCGCCGCCUACAUAGUAUCGAUAACUUCCAGCAAAUUCUUCUGGAAGAUAGGCAUCGUGAACCUACCAAGUGCAGAGAAUUUUACGAGCGUCCUGCGUGUGUGCGUCCGGGAGAGUAUGCAAAGGGGGUACUCGGUCUGGGGAUUGCCGGCCACCAUAGCGCUGGGCCUACGGCGCCAGGUAGACCCAGAAGUCGGGCUUUUAGAACCAUAUGUCGCAAAGCGUCUACCUGGCGGGAAUCAUUUCGACCAGUUUACUUUUUUUCCUAAUAAGAGACGCCAGCGGUGAGACCCUGUUCGAUGAUUAAUGGCUGAUACGAAGGGAUGGCAGCUCUUUUGGAGAGCACAGCAGGUUCUAACGACAGAAACAACCCGAACUGUAAGAUUAAGUACUGGGUUUUUCCGAAUGUAAAGAAAAAAAUCAUUACAGACUGUGGCCCGACUAUCUAGCAUAUCCACAUAGGCAUACUAGUAGUACAUAAGAUGAGUGAAUUGAAGGCGGCUCGGUGAGCAU